AUGUAAAGUCUCUAGAGACUGAAUUAGAAGAUUUAGAUGACUGUGUGGAUAAGGACACUACUUCUAAAAAAUCUGAUUUGGCUAAGACAUUUGAAGUAAGAGAACGAAAGGCUGUUCCUUAUAAGCAACGAAGAAAGGCACAGCCAAGAAAG